CGAGAAAGCUUGACGACUGGUCAGUGGUCACACCCUCUCACUCCCAAAACCGAACCCUGCCGCCGCCGCGCUCUCGCCUCCUCCUCCUCCUGCGCUCCCGUUGGCGUCGAAUCAACGGUUCAACGCGCGCGCUCGCACUUUGGAGAACUCACCGGCAGGGGAGCAGCAGCCUUCAGGCAGCGACCUCAUCUUCGACGGCGCCGCCAUCAGGAGACGGCGACCUCGAUGUCCGCCAUGGCGACUAGGUCUUGCAGACGGUAGACCCGGACGGCGACCAGUAGCAGUUCAGGAGAACAGGUGCAAGCAAUUUAGUUCCGCGGCAUUAGCAGUACACACCAAGCAAGUUGGCUCUGGUUCCCUUGAGUUUUGUUGGCGAUGGACCGCAGCAACUCCAGCAAGAGAACAGUCGAAGCACCACAAGAGGGAGACCCUUGGGUGGAUGUCAGAAUAUUGAAGGAGACCCUUGACUGCCCCGUCUGCUUCGACCACUUCGGGACCGAGAUUUAUCAGUGUUCUGUGGGGCAUUUCAUAUGCUCGUCUUGCCGCGACAAGAUACUGGACAAGAAGUGCCCCACAUGCUCUAUCAAAACUUCCUUCAAGCGCUGCUUUGGGAUGGAACAUGUUGUCCAAUCAGUCGCAUUUCCUUGCUCCAAUGCCAAGUAUGGAUGCAGAGAGGGUCACGCCUACUGUCAAAAAGAACGACAUGAGCAAAUGUGCCCAUAUGCCCCAUGCUUCUGCCCAACGCCCGACUGCAGCUUUGCGGGGCCAGUACCCGAGCUCCUGGACCAUCUCACCAUCUAUCACAUGUCUCCAUAUACCUUUAAGAUCUGAUCGUGCUUGUGUAUGCUACAGCCUACAGGUUUGGCAUGUGGACUUGCGGUAAUUAUGCCUGGGUUUCAACGUUCUGGUUCCAGGAUAUGUCAAGAGUAUCGGAGCUGUUUGAACAAUGUGGCUUCUUUCGAUGUUUUGUUGUCCCAAACUUGUGCCACAUCAUGUGAGGCUGUAUCUUCUAAUAGACUCUAGUAUGUUAUGUCAGCACAUUUCUCUGCAUUACAUGGCUACCGAGUAUGAACCACUAUCUUAGACUGCUGCACAAUGACAUGAAUCCUUAUCUUUCAGUUCUUUUUGCAUA